GGCUUCAUUGUAGCUUGCACAGUAGAAAACGGAGGACGAGAAGCGCAGCAAAGCGAAAUGUGCACAACGUAAAACCUCUCAAAACCCUCUUGACGGUCUGGAAUUGUCGAAGCCGAAGACGGAGGAGGAGCUUGCAGCUCAAAUGUCCUCUUCCUCCUCCCUCAAAUUGAGCGCGCUAUUUCGAUCAGCUGUGAAAUCUGCCAACAAAGUCGCCGCCUCUGCCAAGGACGCGUCUCUCAAGGACGUCCUCUCUUCAAUCGACGACUCUUUGUCUUCGUCGUCUCCAUCCACGUCCUCCACCAUCACCGACACUCUCCGAAGGCUCUCGGAAAGCCCUGCCGCGCGGCAUUCGCUCUCCGACAGGUUCACUCCGAAGCUAACGCGGAGCAAGUCCGUCUCCAGAACGGAGGUGGACGCAGCCGAACCAUUUGAUGCUUUGCCGGGGAAGCAGCUGUCAAACGAGAUGUCGAACGAGAUAAAACAUGUCCUCCGCAGUGAUUCUUCCAUUGAUUCACCUGAUUCAGAAGAUUGUAACCUGAAGUCUCUAGAGGUAGUAUUGAGUAAACCAUUGUUUGCGGAUAUGUCUCGGACAAAAGCGUUAUUUCACAAGGAAGCUUUACGUGAAAGAAAGCAAAGAUGGAUCUUCAAAAAUACUCUGGUGCGGCGAUAUGACCGUUUGGUCAAGAUGUGUGCACAGGUGCUAGGAACCGAAGCUACGUUGCAGGUAUUUGGUAAAUUGGGACAUGAAACCGGAGUAAAAGAAUACAAUUCACUGAUAGCUAUUUGCAUAGAGAAGGCUAGGGGAAGUGAUGAGGAGGAGGUUGCCUUGCAAGAGAUUCAUAAGGCUUUUAGGCUAUUCAAAUCAAUGAGGGAGCAAGGGUUCCCAAUAGAGGAGGAUACUUAUGGUCCAUUUCUGAUGUACUUGAUUGACAUGGAGAUGGUAGAAGAGUUCCAUUUCUUUGGUAGACUCAUCAAAGAUGAUAAUCCCAGCUCUAUAUCAAGGGUUGGUUAUUAUGAGAUGCUGCUUUAUGUUAGAACUGAUCAAGAAGAAAAGAUCCGAGAACUCUUUAACCAUGUAACAGGUCAUGAUGGAGAAGACAAAUAUGACUUAGCAGGAAACUACUUGUUAGCUUUAUGUGGAAGUGAUCGAGAGGAGCUCUUGCAUUUUUUAGAAGUCUUAGACAUCCGGAAUAUAUCAUCUUUGGAGUGUCUAACAAGCAUCUUUACCUCUUUGGGAAAGUUAAAGAAGGAUUUCCUUGCAGAACAAUUCCUUCUGGCGCUUAAAGACCAUCAUGAUAGAGCGGAGCAUGUGACAAAGUUCAUUUUUGAUUAUGUUGCUUAUAUGCCAAAUUUAUCGGUUGAGGAUGUCAUUACUAAGUUCCAUAGUCUUCAUGAGAAGCUGAAGGUGAAACCUUCUUCAACUUCAUAUCAAGGUCUCAUAGAUUAUUGUUGUGCUUCACUCAAGGUGCACGCAGCUCUGGAUAUAGUGGAAGAAAUGUGUGCUGCUGGUUUUACCUUGUCCAUAGGGGUAGUACAUUCCAUUCUACGAGCUAGCGACGAGAAUCAUGACUUCAAUUUGGUGCACCGAAUCUACUCAAUGAUGCAUUGCCACAAUCUCAGUCCAAAUACUGAUACCUUCAGAAGUAUGAUAAAUUUGUCUGUGAGAAUGAGAGAUUUUGAUUCUGCUUAUAACAUGCUUGAGGAUGCACAGAAAAUGAAUUUGGCACCUACAGCUAGUAUGUAUAAUGCUAUAAUGGGAGGAUACUAUCGUGAGAGAGACCCUCACAGUGCAUUGAUGGUUCUAAAGCAAAUGGAAAAGGCACAUGUGAGGCCAGAUAGUCAGACUUAUAGCUAUCUGAUAUGUAAUUGCAAUACAGAAGAGGAUAUAAAUAAGUACUAUAUGGAAUUCAAGCGCAGUGGGUUACCAGUAACAAAGUAUAUUUGCAUGGCCCUUAUUAGUGCAUAUGCAGCUUGCGGGCAGUUUGAGAAGGCAAAAAAGGUACUUAAAGAGGAGGGAGUACUCGUGACAGGAUCAAAUGAACUGAGGAGCAUACUUGUCUCAUCUCUUGCGUCAAAUGGGCAAAUCUGUGAUGCUCUUGAAAUGUAUGAGAAAUUCAAGCAGGAUGGCUACAGUUUGGAGCCUAAAGCUGUUAUCAGUCUGAUUGAGCACCUUCAAUCAGAUGGACAGCUGAGUAGAUUGCUAAAGUUGGUCGAGGAGUUAACUGAUCGACAGUUCUGGUUUGAUGGAUGUUACAGAGUUCUCCUGUAUUCUGUCCGAUUCAAUCAUUUAAGUGCUGCUGUUGAUUUGCUAAAGCAACUCAAAGAUUUUAUUAGCAAUGAUGAAGUGGCCAUGGAAGCAGUUUUUGAUGAGGUGUUCUUUGGCGUUGCGGAAGAGACAACCCGUCUGCAGAUGGGCUUGGACUUGCUUCAAGUAAUCAAGAAUGAUCUUGGCCUUGCCCCUUCGCGAAAGGUUCUUGAUGUUCUUCUCAGUGCUUGUGUCAGUGCGAAAGACCUGGAUAAGUCUCUCUUGAUUUGGAAAGAAUAUCAAGCAGCUGACCUCCCUUAUAAUAUUCUGAGUUUCUUGAGGAUGUAUCAAGCCCUUCUGGCUUCAGGAGACCUCAAGUCUGCAGGGAUUAUGCUGCGCAAGAUGCCCAAGGACGAUCCCCAUGUGCGCCUCAUCAUCCGAGAAUCCCACGGUGCAUAUGCCAAGAUGGCAUCCGUGAAAAAGAGAGAGAAAAACCGAACAACAAAGGUAGCAAAGCACAUAAAAAGUCGGAAGGGGAAAAAGUAAGUACGAGGACUAACCGCAUUACUGUUCAAGUACUUUGUAGUUCCUAGGUCAAUAGCCUGUUGUAGUACAUGCAUGCCUUGAUGUGAUUGUAGGGUAGCAUUGUCGGACGCUUUCGUGACAAUUGUCAUGGGAUUCCCUUCUUCGUCUUUGAGCUUUUUUUCAUUUGUUCAAUAUCGCUUUGAAUUUUUUCUUCACAAACUAUGUCUUUGAAUUUU